CUCUCCUACCCUAUUACAGGGUACGUUCUCCUUCCUUGCUGGCCAGAAGCGGCAACCGUUUCGUUUCUUCCAGUAUUACGGCUUCAAAGGCCGAGGUGGACACACGUUUUAUGCCAAGCCAACAAUAUUCUCACUAGAGCGUUCCGCGUGCCGGAGUGCUUUAACACUUAACUCGAGUACAUAACUUGAACACAUAAUAUUCUUUGCUUGAGUUGACCAUAUAAAUUUAAAAUUGCAGAGUAACAAGGAACUGAAAUUCUAAAUAUUAGCUAUUUAUGACAUAUUCUUGUGAUUCUACAGAAAAAUGGCGCUAUCGUUAGAUUGGUUAACGAUCAGUCUGACCCUCUUUCCUCUUCUUUUUAUCAGCUUAUAUCUUUAUUUCGUUCGAAAUUUCAACUUCUGGAAGAAUCUCGGUGUCCCUUACGUCAAACCACUGCCAUUUGUAGGCAAUCUCAAGGAAUGUGCCUUGCAGAAACUAAAUAUUGGGGCACAGCUUAAGAAAUUUUAUGAAGAACACGGUGAUAAGCCGUAUGUGGGGAUCUUCUCGUUCGAUCGGCCGAGUUUGUUGGUUCGUGACCCGAAGUUGGUGAAGAAUAUUCUGGUGAAGGAUUCAAACAACUUUGCAGACCGCAUAGUCCAAGUAGACGGUAAUUCGGACACCUUGUUCGGAAGGAAUCUCUUUAUGUUGAAAGGACAACGCUGGAGACAAAUCAGAGUAAAUUUAACUCCGGUAUUUACGUCGGGUAAAAUGAAGAACAUGUUCUACCUGGUACUUCUUUGCUGUAAGGACCUGACAGACUUCCUGGAUAGGACAACGUCUGGCGGUUCCCCCGUGGACGUGGCGGAGAUGAUGACCAGGUACACGACAGACGUGAUAGCCUCCUGUGCCUUCGGGAUCCAAAGCAACUCCCUGAAGAAUCCUGACGCAGAGUUCCGGAGAUAUCUACGGAAAGUACUCGACUUCUCUGUUAAGAAAGGACUGAUAUCACUAAUAUGGUUCUUCGCACCUUCCUUUAACACCAUUUUUAAAUUCAAAUUUCUGGACGACAGAACGACCGAUUACAUCAGGAAGACCGUCUGGAGUACAGUGGAAUACAGGGAGAAGACUGGGUCAGUACGAAAAGACUUUCUGGAUUCCAUGAUCGAGUUGAGGAACAGGAGCAAACAAGACGCACAAGACGACGUAAUAUCUUCAAAGAAUCAGAAAAACAGCCCCAAAUUCGAAAUAGACGGCGAUGAUUUUGUGGCGCAGGCUUUCGCCUUUUUAAUUGCAGGUUUCGAAACGUCCGGCACAACAAUGAGUUUCGCUCUGUACGAGCUUGCAAUGCAUCCAGACAUACAGCACAGAUUGAGAGAGGAGAUCACCAGGGUGAUGGCUAAACACCAGGGCGAGCUUACGUAUGAAGGGAUGCAGGAGAUGUCCUACCUCGACAUGGUGGUCUCAGAGACACUGAGGAAGUACCCGGUUCUCCCAUUUCUGGACCGGAUGUGUGACACGGACUACAAACUUUCUUCCGCCUCCGGAUAUGGAACAGUAAUACUUCCGAAAGGGACCGGGGUUUACAUCCCGGUACUCGGUUUACAUCAUGACCCACAGUACUACCCAGAUCCAGAUAAAUUCGACCCGGAACGUUUCACAGAGGAAAAUAAACAGAAUCGACCGAACUACACAUAUCUCCCAUUUGGGGAAGGUCCCCGAAUUUGCAUCGGGAUGAGGUUUGGGUUCAUGCAGGUCAAGGCGGGGCUGAUACACAUACUAUCCCGCUUCGAGGUGUCUCCCUGCAAAGACACGCCCCUGGCGAUUGUUUUUGAUACGAAGUCCAUUCUGUUGAAAAUGGACGGAGAGAUACCGAUGUCUUUCUCAAGAAUACACUUUUAUGUCAUAUUUUUGUAUUUCAACUCAACCAUGGUAUUGUUCGAGUGGCUAACGAUAAGUCUGACACUUCCUUCUGCACUCUUCAUUGGUUUGUAUCUUUACUUCACUCGAAACUUCAACUUCUGGAAGAAUCUCGGUGUCCCUUACGCAAAACCCUUGCCAUUUCUAGGCAAUCUCAAAGAAUGUGUAUCGCUGAAAGUUACCAUAGGGAACCAUCUUAAGAAUUUGUAUGAUGAACACGGUGACAAGCCAUAUGUGGGAAUCUUCUCGUUUGAUAAGCCGAGUCUCUUGGUUCGUGUCCCGGAGUUGGUCAAGAAUAUUCUAGUGAAGGAUGCGAAAAUCUUCCAAGACCGUAUCCUCACCGUCAAUGUUAAUCUAGAGCCCAUGUUUGGAAGGAGCCUGCCUAUGGUGAAAGGGCAACAUUGGAGACAACUGAGGGUAAAUUUAACUCCGGUUUUUACGCCGAGUAAAAUGAAGAACAUGUUCUACCUAGUGGAUCUCUGCUGUAAGGACCUGACAGACGUCCUGGAUAGGGUAGCGACUGAAGGUUCCGCUCUGGACGUGAAGGAGACGAUGGCCAGGUACACGACCGACGUGAUAACCUCCUGUGCAUUCGGGAUCCAAAGCAACACCCUGAAGGAUCCUGACGCAGAAUUCCGAAGACACCUACGGAAAGCACUCGACUUCUCAGUUAAGAAAGGACUGGUAUCACUAUUAUGGUUCUUCGCACCUUCCUUUAAUUCCAUUUUGAAAAUAAAAUUUAUGAAUGACACAACGGCCGAUUACAUCAGGAAGACCAUCUGGAGUACAGUGGAAUACAGAGAGAAGACUGGGUUGGUACGAAAAGACUUUCUGGAUUCCAUGAUCGAGUUGAGGAGGAGGGGCAAGACACACAUAAAAGAAGACAUGAAAUCAGCAAAGAAACCGAAAAACGAAUUCAAAUUACAAAUGGAAGGCGAUGAUUUUGUGGCGCAGGCUUUCAUCUUCUUAGCGGGAGGUUUCGAAACGUCCGGCACAACAAUGAGUUUCGCUCUGUACGAGCUUGCAAUGCAUCCAGACAUACAGCACAGAUUGAGAGAGGAGAUCACCAGGGUGAUGGCUAAACACCAGGGCGAGCUUACGUAUGAAGGGAUGCAGGAGAUGUCCUACCUCGACAUGGUGGUCUCAGAGACACUGAGGAAGUACCCGGUUCUCCCAUUUCUGGACCGGAUGUGCGGCAGUGACUACACACUUCCUUCCGGGAAUGGAACUGUAAUACUUCCCAAAGGGACAGGGGUUUACAUCCCGGUAUUCGCUUUGCAUUAUGACCCGCACUACUACCCAGAUCCGGACAAAUUCGACCCGGAACGUUUCACAGAGGAAAAUAAACAGAAUCGACCGAACUACACAUAUCUCCCAUUUGGGGAAGGUCCCCGAAUUUGCAUCGGGAUGAGGUUCGGGUUGAUGCAGACCAAGGCUGGACUGAGCCACAUACUGUCCCACUUCGAGGUGUUGCCCUGUAAAGACACGCCCCUGGAGAUCGUUUUUGAUCCAAAGGCCUUCGUGUUAAAGAUGGACGGAGAGAUGCCGCUGUCUUUCAAAAGGAUACACUUCAAACGUUAAAUUUAUCUGCACAAUAUGUAUCUACAUGUUUAUGCGUAAACGGGUGAAAAGGAGUCUACAUUUCUCGUUUUGUAUCACGUCAUAAUUUUCAGUUCAAAUUGAAUAAGUUACAAGAAUAUGUGAAUCAAUAUACGAGUAUUGUCACGUAUUUAGGGUCGUGACCGAUA